AUGUCGAGCGCCACUUCCACAGUUACAGAACGUAAAGUUCUGGUGGAUGGAGUAGAUAUAAACUAUGCUAAGACUGGGACUGGAGAACAUCUUGUGCUCUUACUGCCUGGAGCAGUAGGAACCAUUUGGACUGACUUCAAGCCACAAAUUGAAAAGCUUAGUAAAGAAAAAUUUACUAUUAUUGCUUGGGACCCUCCUGGAUAUGGGAAAUCCAGACCACCAAAUAGAACUUUUCCUGAAGAUUUUUUUAGGAAAGAUGCAGCUUUGGCUUGCAACUUGAUGAAAACUCUCGGCUAUGAAAAGUUUUCCUUGGUUGGCUAUAGCGAUGGUGGAAUCACUGCACUCAUUAUGGCAGCCCAAUAUCCUGAAAAUGUCCAAAAAAUAGUUGUUUUUGGAGCGAAUACAUACAUAGCGCCAUUGGAAGCCGAAAUUUAUAAAAAAUUAAGAGACAUAAGUUCGUGGUCAGAGGGAAUGCGGGCUCUCAUGAUUGAAAUUUAUGGAGAAGAAUAUUUUACAAAAACUUGGAGUGAUUGGGUUGAUGGAAUGUUACGUAUUUAUGAAAAGAACAACGGAGAUAUUUGCAAGGCUGAUUUAACGGAAAUCAAAUGUCCAACUUUAAUUAUUCACGGACGAAAAGAUGAGGAAGUUUUGAUGGAACAUGCAGAUUACAUGAAAUCCAAAAUAAAAAAUUCGAGGUUGGAAAUUUUUGAGGCUGGAGAACACGAUUUGCAUUUAAAACACCCAGACGAAACUAAUGCAUUACUGGAAAAAUUCUUAACAGAAGACGUUUAA